UCUGAUUGCUCAAGAAAUCAAACUGGGUAAGUAUUUAUGUAAACACUCACAUGCACAUUACCUGGCUUGUAUGUGGACUAGAGAUAAUAAUAUGUGUGGGUGUGAUAUAUAUCCCACUGGUGUGUUUGGGUGUUAAAAUACACAUCUUUGUGGUAACGAAUGAAAGCAGUCAAGUGAACGUGACAUAUAUUACAGGAUUGUAUAACUGGUGCAGAAGAACGAUUCCAUGAUAUGUUUGCUUCUUUCUUGCACAGGUACUUCAGCACGGGAAGAUCGAGAUCUGGUCUCGGUUCUUGAACAUAUUGAAUCGACUGAAAUGUCGGACGCCACUGAAGUAUCCUCAGAAGUUCCAGAUGAACUCCUCUUGUAUCAAGGCUGGAAAUCUAUGCUGCCAGAAGAGGACCAGCAGUGGAUAUCCAAAACAUUUUUCAGGAGGAACCCCCGGACCAACAAAACUGAGUUCCAUUCUGAUAUCUUGAUCAAACUGUGGCAUACACCACCCCCUCCAAGUAUGGCAUCUUCAGCCCGAAACAAAGUUGACAGAUACUUCAGUCAUCGAUUGUUUUUGUGGAUGCCUGUUAAUUUUGGGGGAGUAAAGCUUCUUUGUCCACAUGGCAGCGAGUUUGGAAAAUGUGGUGGAGUGCUGACCAGGGUAGGCUUCCACCAGAAAACAAGGAUGGUGCUUGAUGUUGACAGCUUUUACAUCAUUGCUGCAGAGUAUCUACAAUGCUCAUCCUGUGGUGCUAAGGUUAUCUCUUGGGCACAUAACAUCAUCAGUCAGCUGGAUCUUGACCGUCAGAUAGUUUUUCCAUGCAUCCUAACUGCCAAGUUUGCCUGUGGUCGCAAGGUGGUGGAGCUACUGCGGCAAGGAGGCCUGGGUAACAGCAGUAGUUUGUUGCGUAGGCAGUUAGAGAGUUAG